AUGACUUCUCAUCGGACUUUCCCUGCAGACGACUUUGGUAUCUACUAUGUCCUUGCAGAGUGCACAGAUUACUAUGACACCCUUCCAGCUACUGAGGCCAAUAAGAGCCAGCCACACCCACAGGGUGUGACUGGUCUGCGGAACCUGGGCAACACGUGCUACAUGAACGCCAUCCUGCAGUGUCUCUGCAGCAUCUCCCCACUGGUGGAGUACUUCCUCACUGGAAAGUACAUCACCGCCCUUCAAAAGGACUGCAGCGAGGUGGCCACGACUUUUGCUUACCUGAUGACAGACAUGUGGCUUGGGGACUCAGACUGUGUCUCACCAGAAAUAUUUCGGUCAGCUCUUGGCAACCUCUACCCAAUGUUUAUGAAAAAGACACAGCAAGACGCCCAGGAAUUCUUAAUUUAUGUCCUCAGUGAACUUCAUGAAGCUCUGAAAAAGUACCUUCGAAGGUCGUAUGAGAAAAGAUCGACCCAAAGAUGCUGCAGGAAGACUAUUGCCAAUGAGACGUCCAUCAUCACCCGGCUGUUCGAAGGGCAGCUCAACUAUGGCAUCAUGUGCUUGAAGUGUGAGAACUGCACCUAUAAGAACGAAGUUUUCACUGUCCUCUCCCUCUCCAUUCCAUCUAAAUAUGAAUGCUCCCUUCAGGACUGUCUCCAAUGUUUCUUUCAACAAGACACAUUGACCUGGAACAACCAAAUCCAUUGUUCUUUUUGUGCAACCAAGCAAGAAACGUCUGUGAGGGCCAGUAUUUCCAAGGCACCCAAAAUAAUUAUUUUUCACUUGAAAAGGUUCGACAUUCAGGGUACAACGAAAAGGAAGCUGAGAACAGAUAUCCAUUACCCACUCACUAACCUGGACCUCACUCCUUACAUCUGUCCAAUUUUCCGGAAACACCCUAAAUACAACCUCUGUGCAGUGGUG